AUGGCCCGUAGGUCGGCUAAGGUGGAACCAAGAUUGAGAGAGGUACGAAUAGACACGGUGGGCGCGAAAGAGCUUGAUGUCGGUUCGCCCCAUUUAGGUGGAGCCAACUGCCACCUCAGAAUCCGGGGUAGCAGUGCACUUUUUGGCAUUUGGCUAUCUGCUAAAUUGCUGAGGGCGCCCUGUGAUUGCGCCCAGUUACCACCUCCCUCACCCAGUCUGACAGUUACCACUGAUCAAUCAUCGCUGCCCAUCGAUGGGCUUACCGGGGCCUCCCCCGAAACCGCUCUUCAACUUCACCAACGCUCUAAUCGGUUAGGCGAAGACUUCCUGCACGUGGCGCCGACCAUCAUUGACGCGUCCAUGUCUAUCAGACUCUGCGCGUCACAUCACACGGGCCGUGGUGCGACGCAACAGCAGCAUGUAAUUCUGGCGAGCGUCGUCCACUUUGACUACUGA